CAAUCACGCAACCUGACGCAAAACCCGGAACUAGAAUACCCUCGGUGGGAUGGAAAAGAUGAACACGUCACACUGAUGAGAGGAUUAAUAUGACAAAACGACCAUGAACACUUUAAAAAUCAACAUCAACACAUGCAACAGCUAGGAUACCUCCCGCUGGGGACAUAGAGAGCUUCAUCUCAGCUCUGUUCCGUCCUCAUCUCAGCUGUGAACCAGCUUCAUCUCAGCUGUGUUUCCCUGCAGAUCCCAGCCGACCCGAGUCCGACCCCCUGGUGACUGAGCCGACCCGUGUCCGAACCCCUGGGGACUGAGGAGCUGCAGGAUGGACGUGGAGGUCGAGACAACAGAAGCGGGGGCUUCGCGGAAGCGGAGAGUCCACGGGAUGCUUAAGAUGUAUUACGGGAUGAACGAGGAGGGGAAGGCCGACCAGCCCGACUCCGCGGACCCCUGCGACAUCAACGGGCAGAACUUCGACCCGGACGUGUACCUCAAUAAGCUCCGGAGGGAGUGUUCUCUGGGGGAGCUCAUGGACCAGGAGGGCUGCAUGGUGAAGCAGAUCCGCUCGCUGGACAGCGACAUGCAGACGCUAGUCUACGAGAACUACAACAAGUUCAUCUCGGCCACAGACACCAUCAGGAAGAUGAAGAACGACUUCAAGAAGAUGGAGGACGAGAUGGACUGCCUGACCACCAACAUGGCCGCCAUCACAGAGUUCAGCGCCUCCAUCAGCGGGACUCUGCAGGACCAGCACACCCAGAUCACCAAGCUCUCCGGGGUCCACUCCCUCCUGAGGAAGCUGCAGUUCCUGUUCGAGCUCCCGGCGCGGCUCAAUAAGUGUGUUGAGCUGCAGGCGUACGGCCAGGCGGUCAGCGCCCACGGGCGUGCACGCUGCGUGCUGCAGCAGUACAGCCACCUGCCCUCCUUCAGGGGCAUCCAGGACGACUGCCUCCUCAUCAUGGACGGGCUGCGGCUGCAGCUCAGACAGAGGUUCAGGGACGGGGGCUCCAGUGCCAAGGACCUGUCGGAGUGCGUGGAGCUCCUGCUGCAGCUGGACGAGCCGGCGGAGGAGCUCUGCGACAAGUUCCUGAACCACGCCGGGGCGCGGCUUCACCUGGACCUCACCGGCCUGGAGGCCGAGAUCCCCCCGCCGCCGGCGCCGGCGUCGCCCCCCGCCGCCUCCCCCUCCCCCGCGGCCCCCUCCCCCGCGGCCCCCUCCCCCACAGCCGCCCAGACGGACAUCCUGGAGUUCAUGGACCGCGGCUGCAACGAGUUUGUGAGCAGCCUGUGCCUGGUGGUGACGUCCUACCAGGAGCUGUUCGUGAGCCACGCCCCCGCCGGCGCCCCCGGGGACGUGCCCCGCAUGGCCAGCGCCAAGCUGCAGGUGUUCGUGGACGAGCUGGCCGGCCGCUACUUCUCCAUCGUGGAGCGCCGCAUCCAGGGGGAGCGCGGCGUGGGGGACAACUCGCUGCUGGUGCGGGCGCUGGACCGCUUCCACCGCCGGCUGCAGGCCGUGUCCAAGCUGCUGCCCGGCUCCACCGUGCCGGCGCGCGGCACGCAGAUCGUGGUGCGGGCCGCCACGGAGCGCGUGCAGCGCUACCUGGAGGCGCUGAAGAGCUUCUACCUGGACACCCUGACGGACGUGCGGCAGGCGCUGGCGGCCCCGCGGCUCUCGGUGGCGGGGGGCCCCGGGGGGCUGACCCCCGGUGGAGGGCUGCCCGACCUGCUGGCCUCGCUGUCGGCCUCCAUCCUCAACCAGAUCAAGGCGGUUCUGGCCUCGGUGCACCUGUUCACCGCCAAGGACAUCACCUUCUCCAACAAGCCCUACUUCAAGGGAGAGUUCUGCAGCCGGGGCGUGCGCGAGGACCUGGUGGUGAGCUUCAUCCAGUUCAUCUGCCAGUCCUCCCGGGGGUUCUGCGACAGCCCGGGGGACAAGGGCGGGGCCACCCCCCCCGCCCUGCUGCUGCUGCUGUCACGCCUCUGCCUGGACUACGAGACCUCCACCAUCUCCUACAUCCUCACCCUCACCGACGAGCAGUUCCUGGUCCAGCACCACAGCCCCGUCACCCCGGUCACCGUCCUCUGUGCCGAGGCCCGGGAGGCGGCUCAGAGGCUGCUCAACCACUACGUCAAGGUCCAGGGUUUGAUCAUCUCCCAGAUGCUGAGGAAGAGCGUGGAGACGCGUGAUUGGGUGAACACCAUCGAGCCGCGCAACGUGCGUGCGGUGAUGAAGCGGGUGGUGGAGGACACCACCUCCAUCGACGGGCAGGUGGGCCUGCUGUACGAGGAGGGGGUGAGGAAGGCCCACAGCAGCGACUCCAGCAAGAGGACCUUCUCCGUGUACAGCAGCUCGCGCCCGCAGCCGCGCUACGCCGCCAGCUACACCCCCAGCGCUCCGAUGGACACCAACCUGCUGAGCAACAUCCACAAGCUGUUCUCCGAGAGGAUCGACAUCUUCAGCUCCGUGGAGUUCAACAAGGUGUCUGUGAUGACGGGCAUCAUAAAGAUCAGUCUGAAGACGUUCCUGGAGUGCGUGCGGCUGCGGACGUUCGGCCGCUUCGGCCUGCAGCAGGUGCAGGUGGACUGCCACUACCUGCAGAUGUACCUGUGGCGCUUCGUGUCCGACGAGAACCUCGCCCACUUCCUGUUGGACGAGAUCGUGGGAAGCACCGCCCACCGCUGCCUGGACCCCGCCCCCAUGGAGCAGAGCGUCAUCGAGGUCAUCUGUGAGCGGGGGUGAAGGGGUCACAGGGGGGAGGGGUGAGGGGAUGAGGAGGGAGUGAGGGGGGUGAGGUAAAGACAAGAGGGCUGAGGUUAUGAGGGGUGAGGGGGUGAGAGGGUGAGGGGUUGAGUGGGGGGGUGAGGUAAAGACAAGAGGGAUGAGGUUAUGAGGGGUGAGAGGGUGGGGGAUGAGGAGGGAGUGAGGGGGGUGAGGUAAAGACAAGAGGGCUGAGGUUAUGAGGGGUGAGGGGGUGAGGGGUUGAGUGGGGGGGUGAGGUAAAGACAAGAGGGAUGAGGUUAUGAGGGGUGAGAGGGUGGGGGAUGAGGAGGGAGUGGGGGGGUGAGGUAAAGACAAGAGGGCUGAGGUUAUGAGGGGUGAGAGGGUGAGGGGUUGAGGAUUGAGUGGGGGGGUGAGGUAAAGACAAGAGGGAUGAGGUUAUGAGGGGUGAGAGGGUGCUGUUUGUCCACAUGAAUCACUGAAUCACUAAAUGAUUAACUUCUUACCUGCUAGAUAAAAAAAGGCAGACUCUGUGGACCCAUGACAGAUAUCAACAUGACUACGCUUUACUAAGGGGAACUGAUCUGACUGUUUGAAUCAACACUAUAUACAUUAAACGUAUGAUUAUCGUUUUUGACGUUGAUGUGACCCACAUGACUUUAUUAUCCUCUGGCGGGUCCUGAUGCUAGCGGGAAAGUUGAUUGUUCAAAGUACUUACUGAAGUGUAAAAUAAAAAUCUAAGAUAUGACAAACAUA